CACCCGCACCACCUCCCGUCACCCCUGCCCAUCUCACUCUAUCCCCACCCUGGGCCUCAGGGCAGGUCGACAACCUGGGACACUUCACCGCAUUCCCAGGCCCGGGAGACCAGCUCCCAGCGCCGCGUUUCCCUGUGAUCCCGCAGCCGCUCAGCAGACUUGCCAUUCUUCCCUGCAUCAUCGGGCGUCUGGGAGGUACCCUAAGUUUCUUCUGAGCUCCUGCCUGAACACCACAACCAAGGGCUAUAUACAGCCCAGGCAAGGUCCCCCAGCCAGGAUGUCGGGCCUGGUAUUGGGACAGCGGGAUGAGCCUGCAGGGCACCGGCUCAGCCAGGAGGAGAUCCUGGGGAGCACUCGUCUGGUGAGCCAAGGGUUGGAGGCCCUCCACAGUGAACACCAGGCUGUGCUGCAAAGCCUCUCCCAAACCAUCGAGUGUCUGCAGCAGGGAGGCCAUGAAGAAGGGCUGGUUCAUGAGAAGGCCCGGCAGCUGCGCCGUUCCAUGGAAAACAUCGAGCUGGGGCUGAGUGAGGCCCAGGUGAUGCUGGCUUUGGCCAACCACCUGAGCACAGUGGAGUCGGAGAAACAGAAGCUGCGGGCUCAGGUCCGGCGGCUGUGCCAGGAGAACCAGUGGCUCCGGGACGAGCUAGCAGGCACCCAGCAGCGGCUGCAGCGCAGCGAACAGGCCGUGGCUCAGCUGGAGGAGGAAAAGAAGCACCUAGAGUUCCUGGGACAGCUGCGUCAGUAUGACGAGGAUGGGCACACCGCGGAGGAGAAGGAAGGUGAUGCCUCCAAGGAUUCCCUGGAUGACCUCUUCCCCAAUGAGGAGGAAGAGGACCCCAGCAAUGGCUUGUCCCGUGGCCCUGGUGCCCAGCACAGUGGCUAUGAGAUCCCAGCGAGGUUGCGGACGCUGCACAACUUGGUGAUCCAGUAUGCAGCCCAGGGUCGCUAUGAGGUAGCUGUGCCACUCUGCAAGCAGGCACUGGAGGACCUGGAGCGCACGUCUGGCCGCGGCCACCCCGACGUGGCCACUAUGCUCAACAUCCUGGCUCUGGUGUAUCGGGACCAGAAUAAGUAUAAGGAAGCUGCCCUCCUGCUGAAUGAUGCCCUCAGCAUCCGGGAGAGCACCUUGGGCCGGGACCACCCUGCUGUGGCUGCCACACUCAAUAAUCUGGCUGUGCUCUAUGGCAAGAGGGGCAAAUACAAGGAGGCGGAGCCGCUGUGCCAGCGGGCCCUGGAGAUUCGAGAAAAGGUCCUGGGCACCAACCACCCAGAUGUGGCAAAGCAGCUGAACAACCUGGCCCUGUUGUGCCAAAACCAGGGCAAGUAUGAGGCUGUGGAGCGCUAUUACCGGCGGGCGCUGGCCAUCUAUGAGGGGCAGCUGGGGCCGGACAACCCUAAUGUAGCCCGGACCAAGAACAACCUGGCUUCCUGUUACCUGAAACAAGGGAAGUAUGCUGAGGCUGAGACACUCUACAAAGAGAUCCUGACCCGUGCUCAUGUGCAGGAGUUCGGGUCUGUGGAUGACGACCACAAGCCCAUCUGGAUGCAUGCAGAGGAGCGGGAGGAAAUGAGCAAAAGCCGGCACCGUGAGGGCAGCACGCCCUACGCCGAGUAUGGAGGCUGGUACAAGGCCUGCAAAGUGAGCAGCCCCACAGUAAACACGACCCUGAGAAACCUCGGAGCUCUGUACAGGCGCCAGGGAAAGCUGGAGGCAGCUGAGACCCUGGAGGAAUGUGCCCUGCGUUCCCGGAAACAGGGCACUGACCCUAUCAGCCAGACCAAGGUGGCUGAGCUGCUUGGGGAGGGUGACAGUGGAAGGACCUCCCAGGAGGGCCUUGGGGGCAGUGUGAAAUUCGAGGGAGGUGAAGAUGCCUCAGUGGCUGUGGAGUGGUCGGGGGAUGGCAGUGGGGCCCUGCAGAGGAGCGGCUCUCUGGGCAAGAUCCGAGAUGUGCUUCGUAGAAGCAGCGAACUCCUGGUGAGGAAGCUCCAGGGGACCGAGCCCCGGCCCUCCAGCGGCAACAUGAAGCGGGCGGCCUCCUUGAACUAUCUGAACCAACCCAGUGCAGCACCCCUCCAGGUCUCCCGAGGCCUCAGUGCCAGCAGUAUGGACCUCUCUUCAAGCAGCUGACAUUCAACCCACUCCCCCCCCAGGUCUGCUGGGUCCCCCACACAGCCCUCACAGCAUUCCCUAUUGCUCCUGGCUCUUCCAGCCCCAAGGUGGGACAGUGAAGGGGGAGCCGUUAACCAGAAGAUUGCUGCUGCCCUUAGGGUCUCAGCUCCCUCCUCAGGAAUCCCCCUCAGGAAGGACCCUCAGGACAUCCUCUCCCCACCCUGUGGUCCUCUAGAGUAGCUAGCUCUACUACUAGGGGACCCAGAGUGGGUAAGGAGCAGGUAUGCACCUCAGAGAUGCUGCCUGCUGCUGGCUUUUCUGUCAGAGGGUUUGGGUCUGGCCAGCCAACCUGCCUUGCCCUGGCCUCUCUUGUUCCCUCUGCUGCCUCACUUCAGGUCCAUGUAUUUCACUUUAUCUAAAUAAAAGAAUCAGGUAACCAUGCA